AUGGCCACACCAUACUUAUGCUCCGACGAUCGCGAUCGAGUAUAUGCGUCCCGAGGCCUCAUAAGCCCUUCAGUUGCCGAUUCGAUUGAGCCAGACUAUUCAAAGUCUGCCAAAGAGAUAUUUACUGCCGUUUGUCUCGAUCAUGUUGCACGGCAUAAUGAUCUCGAGUUUCUCAACGCUUGUAACGCUGCUACAAGUCCGAGCUGGGUAGCAGAUCUAGAGAGGCCAUUAGGUCAACUCUGUCUUGACGCCAAUGCAGCAGGCAAAUCAGCAGCUUCGGCGACUUUGAUAAAGCCGGGUGUGCUGGAAGUGGCCGGAGUAUCGUGCGACAAUAUAUGUUCCAACCCUUUAGUCUUGCCCGGGAGGAAAUUUCUCCAGCCAGACGCGGAGUUUAUACAGGCGACCGUGAAUGUUUUCCAGUCGCUUGGGGGCAAUAGUCUACUUCAUGAUGACUAUCUUGAUAAGCUGAUCUUGAUGUUAACCUACGGGGCUGUUCGAGACCAUAGCAUUGAAAAACUCCAACCUGUCUCAAGCUCCUCCUUAUUCUCGCUAGAGGACUGGCGGAAGAAGAUACGAGAAUGGUUAAGCGGCACUUUUGACGAAGAAACAUAUAUAAAGAACUUCCGGGAAACCGAUAGUGAAUUCCUUCGAACAUUACCGGUAGGAAACACAGCAACCGGUUGUCUGGAGACUCUUGGCGGAAGUCUCAUUCGUGUUCCAGCAGAGAGUCGCAGUGGUGAUAUAGUGGCUGUGUUCCUCGGCUCAAAAACGGCAAUGGUUCUGCGACCACAAGCCAAACCUAAUAGCUAUCUGGUAAUUGGGCCAGCUUACCACCCUGAGUUUUGCGAAGGCCAAGCCUUUCUGGGCGACGACUUUCACGGCUGGGAUAGGCUAUGGGAGCGCCAAUGGGUCAUUUCGGCUUUCCACAAAGAGGGACAGCCCCUACGUCGAACAGAUCCGCGACUGGAUCAAGUUCCCUAUGAUGGUGAUAUCACCGGAUUCAUCACCACUGAUCACAACUUCCCGUUCUGGGGGCACUCAAAUGACCCUCAUCGGGAAGUGCUUUUUCAAGAUCCGCGUAUGUCUGAGGCAUCUUUAGUAAAGAGAGGAGUGCCAGUCCAGAGAUUUCAACUGGUAUAG